AGAAACCUUUGGAGGACAUGGGUUCAUCCUUACAGAAAAGAGACAAUGGGUGCACUGGAUCUUGGAGGAGCUUCCACUCAGAUUUCAUUUAUUACAGAGGACUCUCAGGAGGACUCUCAGGAGAACUUAAAUAGAACCUUGCAAGUGAAGUUGUACGAGGACUCUCAGGAGGACUCUCAGGAGAACUUAAAUAGAACCUUGCAAGUGAAGUUGUACGGUUACAACUACAAUGUCUACACUCACAGCUUCCAGUGCUGCGGGAGAGAUGAAGCUGAGAAAAGGCUUUUAGCAUUGCUGCUCCAG